AACAAUUGAUUAUCGCGAGUGAAAUUGCGAAAAAAAAAGUUUUUCGAGUCACAGAAAAGCCCAAUUACGAUCGUUUCGGAAGGAAUUCGACAAGAGCUUGUCGACGAAAGUGAAAACUGGUGCGGAAAAGUUGGAACAAGCCGAAGGAAAAUAUUUCUUUGUGUCUGACGUUUUUGCCAAGUCCGAGAUUUCGAGUGUGAAAAAAUGAUGAAAAAUUUGUAAAAGUAAUGAAAAAUGUCCUGAAACCGUGAAUAUUCUAUGCACUGCACGAAUUCAUGUAACUUUAACGAAGAAAACGAAGAAAGUGACCCAAUUAACAGGCAAAUUAAUCGAAAAAAAAGAACAUACGCGUAUACCACACAGACAUUUACCACACAAAAACUCAUUAAAAUGGACGAGUCUUUAUCGCAAAACGGGCCGGGAGCAGGCAUGAAUAACAACAACAACAAUAAUAAUAUUAACAAUACGAGCGGCGGCAAUCUAGUCAUAAAUAACAAGGACGAUUUAAAUGGGGCCAUCGUCAACAACGUCGCUCAGUACACCAUUCCGGGAGUCUUGCAUUUUAUACAGCACGAAUGGACACGUUUCGAGCUGGAACGGUCGCAAUGGGAUGUCGACCGGGCCGAGUUACAAGCACGCAUUGCCGUCCUUUUGGGCGAACGCAAAGGUCAAGAGUCCCUCAAGUCUGACCUAAUUCGUCGUAUCAAGAUGCUCGAGUACGCCCUGAAGCAGGAACGCGUAAAAUUCCAUCGUUUAAAGUAUGGCUGUGAUCCGCCAAACAGUACAGCUAUUGAUAUGAUGAAACCACCAGUAACUGCAACAACCACCGACGAUGGAAAUAUUGUGUCCGAGCUGGCACCCGAUGCGGAUGUGCCAUUUAGUUCAGUCUCGAAUAUAACGUGGCGUCAAGGCAGACAAUUGCUACGGCAGUACUUGCAGGAAGUUGGAUACACUGAAGCCAUAAUUGAUGUCCGUUCGAAUCGCGUACGCUCAUUGCUGGGUCUCAAUCGGGACGGCAAUUCCGAGAACUUGGAUGAGAACUAUGACACCAACGUUAGUAAUAAUAAUGCAAUGGACACGCAAAAACGUGUCGACGACGGAUCAUCGCCCGCAAAAAAGUCACAACAAGCGGCAAUGGCAGAAGCAAUGUUGUUAGAAACAGAGGCAGCUGUUUUGGCUAAUUUUGAGUUUUUGGCACAGGCGGACUCAGAGAUUACUGAUGACGAUGACAUGAAUGACGGCUUGGAAAUUUCCGAUAUGGUCGGUGGCUACAAGCCAGACAAACGCAAGGGAACUGAUGACGUAGAUGCCGAAGCAAACGAUGUUUUGAACGAGCUAAACUUAUUGACGGAAGGCGAAAAAGCUGAAAAUCGUAUAAAUGACGGUGACUGGGGUUACAACAAAGGUCCUCGUCACACCAUUCCCGGCAUGGGUACUACAGGAGAUGACGACAUCGAUCAAUCUUUAGGCGAAUUGGCCCAAUUGACCGUGAAUAAUGACUCGGAAACAGCUUACGAUGACACCAAUUCUAAGGAACCAUAUCGCAAAACGUGGAAUGCCAAAUACACACUUCGUUCGCACUUUGAUUGCGUACGCGCUUUGGCAUUCCAUCCUACUGAACCGGUCCUUAUUACGGGCUCCGAAGAUCACACACUGAAAUUGUGGAAUUUGCAAAAAACCGUACCGGCGAAAAAGUCAGCCAAUCUUGAUGUUGAGCCGCUUUAUACUUUCCGCGGACACAGCAGUCCCGUUCUAUGUUUAGCCAUCAAUGCCAGUGGCGACCAAUGUUACAGCGGAAGUUUGGAUGGCAUCAUCAACUGCUGGAACUUGCCGAAUAGCAACAUUGACCCGUAUGACAAUUAUGACGCGGAUAUUCUGCGUGGUGCAUUAGAAGGACACACAGAUGGUGUUUGGGGCUUGUCGGUUAACAAUACAAAGGGAUCAUUAUUGUCUGCAUCCGCUGAUGGCACCGUAAAAUUAUGGUCUCCGUUGGAAAAGACACCAUUACUCCAGACAUUCACGAGUGGCGAGGUGGCGAAAGAUAAAAAUCCGACAUCUGUUGACUUUGUGCAGGACGAAUUGGACAGGAUUGUCGCGGCAUAUCAGAGUUCAAAUUGCGUCAUCUACGACACGGAGACAAGCAAAUCGGUGCUUCGGUUUGAGGCACUCGAUUCCACAACCACGGGCGCCAAUUCCAAUCAUUUGAAGUAUAUUUACAAAGUAAUUAGCCAUCCAACACUACCCAUCAUCAUCACGGCACACGAAGAUCGGCAUAUCCGUUUCUGGGACUCGAAGAAUGGCUCGCUGGUUCAUUCGAUGGUUGCUCAUUUGGAAGCUGUAACGAGUCUCGCAAUCGAUGCACAUGGACUUUAUCUGCUCUCCGGAUCCCAUGAUUGCUCUAUUAGAUUGUGGAACAUGGACACCAAGACAUGCGUACAGGAAAUUACAGCGCAUCGCAAAAAGUUUGACGAGAGUAUAUUUGAUGUGGCGUUUCAUCCGUCGAAGCCGUACAUUGCUAGUGCUGGUGCUGAUGCAAUCGCAAAAGUGUUUGUCUAAUAAAGUGAAAAUCGCAGAAGUCAUUUAUUUAUUACAUUUUAAUUUUGAACUUUUAAUAUUUUUAUAGUUUUUUUUUAAAUAAUAAUUAAUUUAAGUAUAUAAUUCCAACUCUGAUACAAAAAUAUUUUCUUCUUUUUUGUUAGUCAUUGUAAUCAUAAUAAAUAAUAAUAAUCAAUCGUGAAUACGAAAUAAAGUUUAAUAAAUACUCAUAAAG